GUGCCGCAGUGGAUUGUGGGACGCCAGUAAGCCAGUGCCCGUCCUUGUGGUGUGACUGUAACUUUUUACCUCAGCACAACAAAGUUUACCGACAUGUACCGGCAGCUUAAGAGUCUCCAGCAGCUGUCCAGGCGGACCAUCAGCAGCAGCGUCCGCAGGCAGCUUGAUAAUACUGUAAAGCAAAAGCAAAAACUGUUCCAGGAGGAUAACGGGAUGCCCAUCCAUCUAAAGGGCGGGUCGAAGGACGCUCUGCUCUACAGAGCCACCAUGGUUCUCACCGUGUUCGGCAGCGGAUACGUGGUGUACGAGCUGUUCAGCGCCGCCAUGCCCAAGAAGCCGCAGUGACCCAGGACGGCCGUGCUGGACGUUAUCGCCGGAUAAAGAUGCCGACGCCGCGUGUGGAGCGUCACCUCUCUGUUGUGCAGACUACAGUGUCAAUAUUAGGAGGUUUCAUGUUUGAAAUCAGCACUUAUUGAUGGUAUAAAUCAUGGACUGCAAAUUCUAUUGAAAAGAUUAAAUAUGUUCUACUUGUAACAAGGCUCUAGAUUCAAUGCGUGUCUGUGACAAUGUUGAGGGAAUUAUGUAUUUUGAAUUGUGAAGUACAGGUGCAUUUCAAAAAUGUUGAAUCCCAUCGCAAAGUGCAUUAAUUUCUACACUCUUUAGACAUAUUUAGUUGAGGUUAUUAUGAUCUCCAGAUUAAACACAAAAAAGGCAAAUGUCCUGACGUGCUGUGUUUUU